GCUCUGACCCACAAAAGCGGUACAGCUAUUCCUUCCCACCUCCUACCCCCACCCCCGACUCAGGCUGUUUCCUCUGCAAUAGGGCGACUCCCCCACGUGCCCCGCGAAGAACGGACAGAGCUGCAAGAGGGGUUGCUGGGAAGCCUGGGUCAUCGACACAAAGCCGACUGAGGUUCGCUUUGCAACAGGCGUGGGCUAUGGAUGCGCGGGAGGGAGCCUCGGUGCAGACAACGGCUUUCUUUGGAAGGGGGAGCGGAAAGAGCCGUCCCCCCCUCUCACACACACAGAGAUGUGCCGUUUCCACCAUUAAGCAAAGCUGCUUCCCCCACCACAAGGCGCCCCCGCCUCCCCUCUCCAUCCAAAUCUCCAAGCUGAGCUUCAGAGAUCACCCUGCAACAGACAUCAUGCGCCCGCAUUGGAACGAGCAGCCCCUGCCUGGGAUUGCGAAAGGGCGGGCGGAGGUUCUUCUCUUUUUCUUCCUCUCUUGUCAUCCUCAGCACCUCAAUAUGCGCCCCCAUCACCUCCCCACCCCCGAUGCACCUUUUAUCUUUUCCUCCCGUCACCACCAGACGGCGCACCAGCCUCCUCCCCGCCUCAGGCCAAAGCCUGUCGCGAGGCCGAUUUCCCCUCCUCGCGACGAAAGGGAAGCGCCUUCGCCGCAGCUCUUCCUUGCUGCUGCCGUUUCCGGCCUCUCUCCGAAGCGGGACUCCGCUCAUUUAACCCUUGGAGGACGGCGUGGUCUCGGUGCCUGCCCGGAGAUCCGUUCCUCCCGACUGCAAAAAUCCAUUCCCCCAACGUAAAACUUGAAGGCAUAUAACAUGUACUUAUUGUUCAGUGGAGGCUGGUCUAUAAGGGCAGAUGGGGCGCUGCCCCACCAACCUCAGCAACCUUGCAGAACUCAGUAGGGAACAGGAGGAAACUGGAAUGAGUUGGUCCCGCCUGCCAUUGGAUCUGGCUCCCCUGCUGCUGGUCUCGCUGCCUUCCACCCCACCAGCCCAAGUGGGCACCAGCUGCCACUGCUGUUGUCUGUGGCAGGUGGCUACAAUUCAGGUUUUUCAGAGGGCCUUAAAGAUUCAUUUGUUUCGAUUGGCCCCUUCCCCAAUUUUUUGUCCCACUUGUUGAAUGAACGCUGGAGUAUUAUUGUUAUCGGAAUUCAAAUUCUGUUUUUCUGUUUGGGAAUCUGUUUUUAAUUUUUUGUUUUACCAGUGCUGAUUUUUGAAAUACUUUUUGUAAGCUAUUGUGGAUAGGUUUUGCUCCGGAAAAGUGACAUACACAUUUUCUUAAAAUAAAAACAAAAGAUCCUGUCUCAGCCAGAUUGGCAGCCAGUAACAAGCCGCCUUGGACCAGAAGCAUCAUCCUGAACAGGCCCUUCUCUAGAAGAGAGGAUGCUUCUGCAAUGAAAACAACUCUGAUGCAGACUGGGAGAGUGGUACUUUCUCACACCCCAUGGACUUUCAAGAAUGAAAAACAGGUUCUUUCCCCCUUCUACAUUAAUUUCCUCCAGCGGGCACAUGGGGAAUGAAAAAAAAUCCAGAGCAACAUAAAAAGGAAAGUCAUUUAAUUGAAACAAUGAACAGAUGGCAAAAAUGCAGAGCAAUGGCACCAGAGGCACAAUCUGGAUCUCUGCGUCCUUGUGAUGGAGUGGGAAAAGCUGCCAUGAAUCCAUCUCAGUGGCUGGUGUACUUUGAGGAGGUAUUUGUGCAUUUCACCAAACAGGAGUGUCGUCUCCUGGAUCCAGGCCAAAGAGCUCUCUACGAGGACGUCAUGCUGGAGAAUUUUAUGAAUGUAAUAUCUCUGGAUGAUCAGCAGGACAAUAAAAACUAUAGGGAGCCAUCAGAAGCAGCCAAGCAUGGAGCAGGAAGAGAGAUGUUUGGAAAUCAAAGAGGAGAAAAUAAGCAUGAGGCAAACCAAUCAAAGAAUGGAAGGAAGAAAUCCUCCAUUUCUCAGGGUACUCCUCAUGAACUCCUCAACCCAGAAGAUCACAAAGGAAAGAAACAGGAAAAGUGUCUGUUAUAUGGGAAAACAUUCAAAGAUAACUUGGUAUUAACUGGACAUUGUAGAACUCAUACAGGGGAGAAACCAUAUAAAUGUAUGGAAUGUGGAAAGAACUUCAGUCAAAGAGGAAUUCUUACUACACAUGAAAAAAUUCACACUGGCGAGAAACCAUAUAAAUGCAUGCAGUGUGGAAAAAGCUUCAGUGUGAAUGGAAGUCUAACUAGACAUGUAAGAAUCCACACUGGGGAGAAACCAUAUAAAUGUAUGGUAUGUGGUAAGAGUUUCAAUGAUAAUGGGAAUCUUACUAAACGUGAGAAUCCACACAGACGAGAAAUGUGGAAUGAGCUUCAGACGAAAGAGAAAUCUUACUCAACAUUCAAGAAGACACAGGUGAGGAACAAUUUCAGUGCAUGCAGUGUUGAAAGAGCUUCAGUAAUCCUGAAAAUUUUAAUGAGCAUGAAAGAACGCAUAUAGGGGAGAAACUGUAUCAACUUAUGGAGCUCAGGUAGGUUGGAACUCUUACUAUAAAUGAAAUAACUUACACGGGAUAAACCAUUGUUGCAGAUGGCUUGUCCCAGGCAAGCAAAUGCCAGAGAAAAUAUGUGGGCCAGAAUACCUAACUUUCCCCAGUCAAAUUUAAUUCCGCUCAGUCUUUUGUGUUGGAAAUAGACAAACAACCUAAAUUUUUGACAUAAGAUUAUUGGCGUCCUUAUCUGAACUAAGCUUCAAAACUUCUCUCUAUUCUAAGCAAUAAGACUUUAUAAUGAGCAACUUUUACCUUAAGGAGCAAUUUAGGAAAAUCAUUGGCAAUUAACAGCUAGAAAAGAACACCAUGACUUAGUGGCAGAGCUUGGAAAAGUUACUUUUUUGAACUACAACUCCUACCAGCCCAAUCCAGUGGCUAUGCUGGCUGGGGCUGAUGGGAGUUGUAGUUUAAAAAAGUAACUUUUCCAAGCUCUGCUUAGUAGGAACCUACAUCUUUACGAAUAUCAUAAUUCAAUUCACAUCUUUGAGUGCCAACUCCUGAUAUGCUCAAAGGCACGUCAAACAGUUGGCUUUAUAUAAAAGUAAAGGAUGCUUCAAACACAUGUAUGUGUAACCUUGGAAUUAUAAUUAUUGCAUUCUUUUCAUGUGUUCAGAUAGCCUGUAAAUUGAUAGUUUUGUUUUGAUCUGAAAUAUAUAUUUUCCUCUGAUAUUUGGGAGGCUAUAAUUGAUCUUAGGUGUAUAGCAUACAUUUGUCCUCUUCAAAAGAAAAUAUGGAGUAUAAAUAUUGCUUAACUUUUCUAUACCAAAUCAGUCUUUUCCUAGGAGAGACUAAAUGCUCAUGCCCCAGGUAAUUAUUGUGUCCCACUCUGCAGUUCAAUGUUUUGAUUAUGUUGCAUUAUUGCCUUCUUAAAUUAUGCUUUUAUAUGUGAUUAACCUUCUGUCUUUCUCUUCUGUAAUCCUGAACUAUAUUAUUAUUAUUUAUUGCACUUUUAGA